AUGAGGGAAAUCGUCCAUAUCCAGGUUGGAAGAUGUGGAAAUCAAAUUGGGGGCAAGUUUUGGGAAGUGAUAUCCGAUGAGCAUGGAAUCGACCCAGAUGGUUGCUACAACGGCGAUUCCGACCUCCAACUCGAGCGCAUCAACGUGUACUACAACGAGGGAAUUAAAUGCAAGUAUGUGCCUCGUGCUGUCCUAGUAGACUUGGAACCUAGUACCAUGGACAGCGUACGAGCUGGCACUUUUGGGAAAAUCUUCCGUCCUGACAAUAUUGUAUUCGGCGCUUCCGGAGCUGGCAACAACUGGGCAAAAGGCCACUUUAGCGAAGGUGCUGAUAUAUUAGAAGCUGUGUUAGACGUCGUCAGAAAAGAGGCUGAAGGUUGCGAUUGUAUUCAAGGAUUCCAACUGGUACACUCACUCGGAGGUGGCACUGGCUCUGGAUUAGGCACUCUCUUGCUGUCGAACUUGGAGGAGGAGUACCCAGAUAGAAUAUUAGCGUCCUUCUCCAUCGUGCCGAGCCCCAAGGUGUCAGAUACUGUAGUGGAGCCGUACAAUUCAACACUCUCCAUCAAUCAACUGAUAGAUAAUACAAACCAAACGUAUUGCAUCGAUAACGAGGCUCUGUACGACAUUUGCUUUAGAACGCUGAAGUUGAUGACUCCGACCUAUGGGGACUUGAAUCAUUUGGUGUCGUUAUGUAUGUCGGGGGUGACGACUUGCCUCAGGUUCCCUGGACAGUUGAAUGCGGAUUUGCGCAAGUUAGCCGUGAACAUGGUCCCGUUUCCGCGCUUACAUUUCUUUAUGCCAGGUUUCGCGCCUCUGACGUCACGGGGCAGUCAAAGGUUCAGGGCACUAACGGUGCCAGAGUUGACUGUACAGAUGUUCGACGCCAAAAAUAUGAUGGCGGCGUGUGAUCCGCGUCACGGUCGCUACUUGACGGUGGCGGCCGUCUUCCGCGGUAGAAUGUCCAUGAAAGAGGUAGACGAACAAAUGCUGAACAUUCAAAAAAAGAAUAAAGACUAUUUUAUCGAAUGGAUACCGAAUAAUGUGAAAACAGCAGUCUGCGAUAUACCGCCAAGAGGACUGAAAAUGUCGGCCACUUUCAUAGGUAAUACCACUGCGAUACAAGAAGUGUUUAAGAGAAUCUCGGAUCAGUUCACUUCAAUGUUUAGAAGAAAAGCAUUUCUCCAUUGGUACACUGGUGAGGGUAUGGAUGAGGCUGAGUUUGCUGAAGCCGAUAACAAUAUGAAUGAUCUGAUAUGUGAAUACCAGCAAUACCAAGAUGCGACGCUUAAUGAUGAUGAAAGCGAAGCAGAAGAGGAGGAAGAAGAUGAUAACGAAAACACAAACUAAGUCUAUUUUCAUUUAUUUAUUUUAUUUAAAAGUAUUUAUCCUUAUGUAA